AUGACUAUCGACAUCAAGUUCCCCGACGACCGGCCUGGCAGAGGUUCUCGCCAUCACUUCACAUCUCGUUCCCGCUCGAAGUCGCCGCUGGUGUAUUACCGGCGAAACCGUUUUGUUGAGGAAAGCGACUAUGUUCCGAGGACUACAUUCGACGACCAACGCCCACCACCACCUCCUGCUGGGCAAAAAAGCGACUCCAGCACUGAUAGUGAUUCCAGCGAUAGCGACUCCGGCGACAGCGAUUCCAGCACCGACAGUGAUUCUGAUCAUACUGUGUCGUCAAGCAGUCGUGGCUUUGUAGCAGUAAACGACUUGCCGGUACCUCGUCAGGUGGUGGCACCUCUGGAUAUCGAAUGCAAUCAACUCUCUUUCCAAGUGGACACGAGGCAUCACCAGGAAGCCAUUGGGUCUAGAGAGGAGCCAGAAGGCCAUGGUGUAGGAAAGGACGUUGGUGAUUCUCAUGAAGCCGGUGGACGAGGCCAGAUCAAAAUCUACGUCGUGCCAGGCCCCGAGACUCCUCGUUUGCAAGAAGCUGUAACUUCAACAUGGUACCACAUUUCGGCUAGACAGCUUGAUUUCUCGCGUUUCAGGGACGUAUGCCUGACUAUACCACAUCUAAGUGAUCGACUGCGAAAGCUCACUUCUGAGAUGCUCAACAAGGUAAACGCCGAAAAGGUGAAGCCAUUUGAUAGCGGUAUGUUUAUCGAGCCAGGCACAGUUCUACGGGCCGACGAAUCGAACCAGCCUGAUCCACAGUCCGUCAUAUUCAGCUGCCUUCUGUACCUAGGACUACAUCCCCAGGCCAGGAGUUCUGCGCAUACAGAAAACACACUAUUUAGUCAGCGGACCCUGAUGCAGACCUUCUAUCCCUACGAGCCAGUACGCGAACGAGAUGCAGAACAGUCCUACAAAAGAUUUGGCAAUGGCCGAUCCGAAAGUAUCAUCCACGUUCCAAAUCUCUGGAUGAUGAACAUAGGAUCCAGCUUUGUUGUAACUUGUGGGCAUGCACCACUGUCCAAGGAGAUGAUAAAUUCAAUGGCUAUCAUUGAGGAAGAGAUUAUACAACUGGGCACACAACCGGUUGCAGACAACAAUCAGACAAAAAUCAGACUCACCGAUCGCGGCGGGCGCGAUUUCAUCUUUCCCCUCAGCACUUGUAGAUCCUACCUCCAGAUGGAGGCAAGGGUUCGUGAAAUUGAGUACGGGGUCAAUGGCAAAGGUGUGGAAACAAAGAUCUGCUUGCAGCGCAAGACGCGAAACGACAGCUCCAGGGUCACCCCGAAGCAUUGGAAAAACCUUAUUGCGCGAAAUAACUUCAUCUCAAUCAACUUGGUACAAGUAACCGACAAAGACGUGGUACAAAUGGACCCCCUUUCUACAUCGACUGCGAAUGCUUGGAACACAAGCAGCUCAACAUCUGUGCCUCCAUUUUUUCAUUGGCCACAGCCAAAUGCCAGUACAGACACAAAGAAGCACAAGACCGCGGACCGGGGCUUGUACAAACGACGGCAGUUCACUAGUUGUCUGGAGCAGGUCGAGAAGGCCAUGAUGACUGACAUCAUCAUUGGAGUCAAUACCAACCGUGUCGAUGCGACCUUUGCGUCGACGAAUUAUUACGAAUCACUCCCCGAGGUGUCCUACGAAUCUGCAGAUGCUAGUUUUUCCGAUCUGAGGGAACAAUUAAACCAAGGAAAAAGAAUGAUGUCUGGAUCUUCACUUCAUCAUGUCACAGUUGAUACUCAACACACUGGUAUUUUGAACAAGUCUCUCGAAUUUUUCAACUUUGUUCGCAUGAUCUCAGAGCUUUUUGUCAGCGACACGGACGAGAGCACCGUAAUAGACAAAACUUGGGGUGUCAUGGCUAGAUUUCAUGAACACAUUGUCAAGAUCGAGGACAACCAACCUUCGGAUCGAGAUUCUGAUCAACACAGUACUUCUAGACGGCAACGAGGACAACCCCACUCGUUAGGGCAUUCCUGGAUCAUCCGCACCGCUACCAGACCCAGUUUAUUAUCAAUUCCAGACGGCAAACCGGAAUUGACGAAAGCGAUCACGAAGUGCAAGCGGUGUAGCAAUUUUCGUCCUUUUGACAGUCUGGACAAGGCGCUCAGACAUUUGGAGCACCAUGCAAACCCGGAAAAUGAGCUUGCAAAGCCCCAGACAGCCAAUACGAGAGGCCUGCCUGAUGAACAACUGCCGGCGGGGAGAAAAUCUCCAGACUCGCAAUUAAGAGAGUGGGUCAUGACAUCGGCAAAGUUUUGGUAUGAGCAGACGAACGCUGGGGUACUGGCUAUACUUACAAUGGCCUGCACCUCGGCAAAAGAGAUAUUUGAUCAAGCGCAGGAACUGCUCUACGGAGUUCAAAAUGAAAAAGGCCAGAUUUCUGAGUUGUAUCGACUGCCGAAAGAACUUCCCGAGGCAUUUCGAUUGAUCCUCGUAUUCGUCAUGGCGAUUGAGCGAGCUUUAUACGACAUCAACGAUGCCUAUGGACAAAGCCAUCGACUCAAACACAAGCAUGAACGCGAUGUUCUGCCGUAUUCAAAAAAAGGUCUCACCACCCUGAAGAGGUUUAGCCAGACUGCAAUUCGCUCGCUGAGAGUUGCUCGGUCGCAGCUGUGCUACAUGGCUCGAUCCAACCCGCCACUAAAUCUGAUGGCGCAUCUUUCUCUAGGCCCAGAGUACAUUUGUGCUUGGCUGGUUAGGAGGCUGUCGCUACAACCGCUUGAAAAACAAAAAAGCGCAGGUGAUCUGUAUCGAGAAUACAUAUCAAGGCUUCAAUUCCAGGUCAACCAUCAUCCAAGCAAACGGCUCCUGCGAGAUCUCAACCUGAUUCAAGAAGAGUUGCAAAUCCUCACCUCAAUUAAUAUACAGCAGGCCAAUCUUGGCAGAAACUACCUGGGCGUUCUCGAUGACUUGACUUACGAGAAAGAAUCACCGUCCCGAAAAAGCAUGUUUCCGCACGAGCGCACAUUGGUGGAAGAUUGUCUCGACAGUCUGGAUCUGGUCAGGGAAGACUAUAAGGACUUAAUCCGACGUUGUGGUCCCCUUGCGGAUCGUACAAAGCAGAGCCUUGAGAUCAACGAAGAGGAUCAUGGCAAGGCCAUCAUGGUGUUUACAGUGGUGACUGUUAUUUUCCUGCCUCUGUCGUUUGUAACCAGCUACAUGGGGAUGAACACGGUUGAUAUCCGCGAUAUGAAUCAAGGACAAGACUUAUUCUGGAUUGUAGCUAUACCGCUGACCGUGGUAACAGUGGGAAUCUGUUUGCUCAUUGGAUACAAUGGCGAUGGGAUUCGUGACACAAUCUCAUCGUUAUACCGCAGGGCUAGAGGCAAAGAAGAAAUAAGCAUGGGUGGAGGAGGCAUAAGCGUGCCGCGACGGAAGCGUCCACUCCAGCUGCAGGCAAACUCGAGCAGUACACUGGAGUCGAGUUUCCCCAACGAAGCCGAAUUCGCUAGCCCGCGACCGGUUUUCAAGUACAGCGGCGAGAUAUACACGGGGUCGUGCACGACGGUAUCCGCAAGCGCAAAUAUAUGUCUCGCGAAGCGCACUAUCACCAUGGUCGCGCGCGGUGAUGAAUGGUCUGAAUACGGGCGUGAUAGACGGGCGAGAACUGACGAGAGAGAUGAAUACAGGAUGCGAUAGGACAGUAAUGGCAAUGGUGGUUGUUGCUGCGGGUUGCGGUCGAGUUGGAUGUCACGUGCCGCAGCGCUCAUUGGCUCCAUCAAGCCAGCGUACUCG